AUGACUUCACCAUCCAAUUUUAUUUCCCCGAUCCCAACUAAAUCUUAUGAACCAAAUCUCAUAAAUACGAUGGUACCGUCCCCUCGGACAAAUGAGAAAAAAGUGCCUGCUUUGGAAGAAUUGAUCGACCUUUGUUAUAGGCUCAAUUCUAAGGUGAUUGCUAACAAUCACUAUACAUUAAAUCACGAUAAUUUGGACUAUGACGAACUUUUGGUGUACCAGUUUGAACGAUACGUUAUCGAAUUGCAUUGUCAAGAAAACUUAAGAUUCUUAAUCGAGAUAUUUAAGUAUGAACAUCUCUACGAUUCGAUAUUUCCUGACAACGAUAACUUAAGAUUGAAUACUCCAUCCCCCAGGCCCGCUGCAUUUAGCAAUAGUUUGAAUGCUUUGAAUGGAAGGCUAACAAGGGAAGCGACACCUGUGGGAAGCAUAGGUCACGCACCUAUAGGACUGAGUCGAGCCGGUAGUCUCAAGUCCAUGAAUACGGUCGAUAAUGAGCCUGCUCUGGUGUUUGCCCUGACAAUCGACGAUUUAAACGACGUAAAGGAAGCAAACACUAACAUUUGGGAUGAAUUGAUGGAAAGAGAAUUGCAUAACCAAGAGAGAGACCUGGACUCCUCGGACGACGAAGUCGAUUCUUCUAUCAUCAACUCCGAUGUAUCGGCUGUACCUCUUGAUAAAGACCUGUUUCACUCUCCUAAAUUAGUGGAAGAGCGUGAGAAGCUAACUCGUCAAUGGGAUCACAUCAUAAAAAGAUAUAUUAUAGAAGAUGCAUCAGAACAAAUUAACUUAUCGAAUAAUGCUUAUACAGAGAUCAUGAAUGAGAAUGAGAGUGUGACUAAUUAUCACAGCCCUAACGCUAUGUGGAGAGCUAAGAAUGAAGUCUUGCAGUUAAUCAAAGAGAACGCAUACGUAUCAUUUUGUAAGAGAAUUCAAAAGAAGGACCCUUCUGAGAGGUGCGAGGCAUUGGGCAUACAAUGUAGGCCCGGUUCGUGUGCACAAGAUGGCGAAAAGGCCAUACACCCGUCAUUGACCCCGUUAAUAAAUGGGAAUGAAUCUGACAUAGGUAUGUCUCUACCCAAAGCAGUAACAACAGCUAUGAGAUCAGCUAUCAACACCCCAUUGUCUCGUUCGCCACAGCACGCAUCUCCAGCCAUCACUCCAGUGAGUUCCAAUAGUGGAUUAAAUCACUCAGAUUCUUUAAAAGUGAGAAACAAAGGAAAGGCCCAAGGCAGACUUAGACAACUUGCAUCACCCAUAACAACAUCACUUUCAUCGUCUGGCUCUGCUUCACCUUCCUCACUUUCAGCAUUUUUGGGGCACCUCAAGAUUAACUCUGGAAGUGGAGGUUCAACAACUUCCAAUUCGAAUGAAUUUCAUGGUACGGAAAGCAUCACACCCUCACAAAACAGUUCGGUGAGUACGAGUCCUGUAUUAAUUAAAAAGACGUUGACCAAUGAGCUCCAAGCAGAAGAAACUGGUAAGCGUAAGCUCAGGCUCUGGAAAAAUAAGCAUAAUAAGUAA